UUUGUAUGCAUGCUAGGGAAGUUAUUUUGCAUCGAGUGUUUCCACCGGGCCUUUCCAAGGCUUCACACCAAGUCUUCACACUGACAUAAUAUUAAUAUGCAUGCUGAAGUAGGGUCAGCCAGAACCGUUGUUGCCUGGUGGGAACUUCCCGACGAAUUUGAUCCGAAUGAUGAUGUUGCUAAUGAUUCAUCUAAUAUUUGGAUAAAAUGUUUCCUCAUCUCUGCAAUGCCCCUGACCCUUCUUUCUUCUCCACCGAAACCGAUGUGUAACGUUGCCUUCAAUCAAAAUUGCUUAGAUUGCUUUCUGCUUUGAAGUGGUUAUCUAUGCAACCAAGACAAACAGGAAUGGCGAAGGGAUCAGAAGAUUCGAAAUAUUACUGCAGGAUUACUAAAAGUAGCUAUGUUUGGUAGCUAUGAUUAGCCUGGCAAUACACUCUUCCUCGUCUGUUGAUAGUAGUAGAAUUCUCGUGCAUUUUUCUAUUGAGAUAAUUAUUUGGUAGUUUUCCUUGCGUUAUCUUUUGAAAAAGUCCAAUCCAAUAGAUUAAAUAGUUUUACGCAAUAAGCCACUUGGGGACUUCAAAUUUCUAAGGUUUGGUUUAGGCAUGAACUCGACUUGCAGACUCGUAAUGUUUUUGGGUAUGUUGUGUGUGUCAACACCGUUCUCAUAUAAUUUGAUAGUAGUUUGCAAUAUCUCACCUCAUAAUAUAUUUGACUUCCUAUGAGAUCAACAAGUCCUUUCUUGCUUGCCAUUCAUAUAAGAUAACACUCGACAGAAACAGGAUGACAGAUACACAUAUUGGAUCUUGAGCAUUAGAUCCAAAUGAUUCUUACACAGCUCAGAAAACAAAAUGGGUGGGUUCUCUACACUAGGGAACUCUCGUCCAUGUCUAUUAUCUAUAUAUCCGAUUUGAACGAAUUGUGUGGUUUUUUUGUUCUUCAACAACACAUCGAUUACUUGAAAAUAAAUAUGUCGUUGUACUUCUCCACAACACAUUGAUUAAUUGGUAUCAGCUUGGAUUAUGAACACAGUGCUUUGGCUAUCUGCUGCAUCUGUGUAUCCAGGAUAAAGCGUCUUUUCGUUUUUAUCUCUGCAUUUUGUUCCAUGAUCCAUCAAAUUACAACUAAUCUAUGCUUCAAGGAAGCCUCAAUCCGUUUGUUUGCUACUUACUUAUCACUCUCUUCUAAUCUGAAUUCUAGUAAUGUAAUGGGUUAUGGGACCAAGCUAUUAAAUUGUCAAUGUCGUUCGUUUUUAGUCUAUGUUGCAUCCUGUUCCUUCUUGUUUGUCAGACAAUGACAGGCCCUGCUAAGCUCCAAGCAGAAACCACAUGUUUUCCGGAAACUAGACCAGAAUGAAAGGCUCUCUUUCGUUGGUUCAACUUCAAAGCAAGCUUUGCAGGACCCUCCCCUCCCAUGUUCCGUGUUGGUUGUUUCUUGUCACGCUUCUCUCCGUACGUCAGGGAUUCGGGUUAAGAUACUUUUAUAGUUCUGCGGUCACAACUUCCAUUCAACUUAGUAUGUCAAUGGAUCCAAUUUUGAUCCGGUUUCGUUCUAAAUCUGAUCUAAUCCUGCUGGUCUGUACUGACAGUGAUCAUCCAAUUGUUAAUACAAAUCCGACAGCUUAAUAUUCAAGGGUAGGCUAAUUUCGAACCAGUAGUUAAUAUAUGUAAUCUGGGGUAUGAUUUUUGUAUGUUUAUAUUUAUAUACAAACAACCAUGCAAAUAAUGUGGUGAAUUGACAUCCGAUAAAAUGAAGUGAGAAGAUACGGAUUUAUCUGUCAUGAAUUUGACUCGUAAUAUUCUUCGGAUUUCCUAUUCAUCUACAGAUGCCUACCUUCAACUACCAUUCUUUGCUUCUUGAGAACCAUUCACCAUCUAUCUACUAUUGGUCUCAACUCUCAAGCCUGUCUUUCCAAAUAUCUUAGCAUUGCAAAUCACUACUUAAGCGGCUCCAUUGCCUCAAAGUAGCAGCACCCUGUUGACUUCCUCCCCAGAAUUCUAUGCCAAAUGGCCGACUCCGAACACUCUUCUUCCGAUGACUCUUUCUCGGACUCUCAAGCUACAGAGAAAAGCAGACAAGAACCUGAGCUUCAAUUCUCUGAGGACGAGGAAGCACUUAUUAUAAGAAUGUACAAUCUAGUGGGAGAGAGGUGGGCUUUGAUUGCUGGGAGGAUUCCCGGAAGAACAGCAGAAGAAAUUGAGAAGUACUGGUCCUCUACAAACUCGACAAGUCAAUAAACAAUUAGGUCAAUCUGUUGUGUGACUCUACCUCAACUCUCCCAAGCUUGCAUUGCAGAAUUUGCGGUUGGAACCGGACCAAUUUGUAAUAUUGAACAUAAGAUCAAUGUACAAAGUAAUGUUCCAAGAGUUGCCAAUCUAAUAAUCUUCUUCUACAUA